AUAGAAGAAUCUACAAUGGAAAAUUUGUAUAGUGAUGAAUUCGAUUCUUUAUCUGAUAAUAACAAUGAAGAAAGAAAUAGCAACGAUAAUGAAGAAUUAACUUUGACAUCAAUUCAAGAAGAAGAAGUCGAAAAAGUUCAAUGUUUAUUUGAAGAAUGUGAUACAGAGUAUUUAUGGUUAG